AUGAAUUCAUCUGCGUCCAUCCCUGGCGACCCAGUUACUGUGAGUCUCAAAGAACUCGAAGAAGGCUCUGUUUCAUUUGAAACAUUAACUGAAGCCUUUGGCCCCUCAUCUCUCGGCAUCAUCAUCGUAAAAGACCUCCCCGCCCGCUUUAAAGAACUGCGCGCUGAAGCCUUGUCAAAUGCUUCUUAUGUAGCGACGCUUCCGCAAGAGGAGCUGGACGCCCUCUCGAGCCCGGCAUCCAAAUACCUCGUGGGCUGGUCCUGUGGCAAAGAAACCCUCCGCUCUGGCCGCUUCGAUACACUCAAGGGCUCCUACUAUAUAAAUUGUGCCUUCUACCAGGACCCAUCUUUGCAAAAUGCGCCGGCGGAUGACUUCCCCGAUUUCCCGCAGUACACGGCCCCCAAUAUCUGGCCGGAUCAGCGACGUCUGCCCACCUUCCGCAGUAGCAUUGAGCAACUGUGUGCGUUGGUCAUUGACACGGCGGCAUUGGUAGCGCGCGCCUGUGAUCGAUAUGCGCUGGCUAAUAUUGACGGGUAUAAACGGGGGUAUUUGGAGCAUGUUGUCAAGACAAGUUUGACGACUAAGGCGAGACUAUUGCAUUAUUUUCCUGUGGUGGACCAGGGGAAUAGUAAAGGGGAAAAGAGCAAUAACGAUAAGGAGGAAGAUGAAGACGAUUGGUGUGCCACGCAUAUUGAUCAUAGCUGUCUUACUGGACUCACCUCUGCCAUGUUCGUUGAUGAAGAGGCACAUCCACCCUCAUCCUUCGUAUCGAGCAAUGGUCGCGACAUCAGGAGUAUCCCCGAAUUGCCCAAAUCCCCGGAUCCAAAGGCGGGGUUGUAUAUCCGCUCACGCACGGGACAAGUUGUCAAGGUCAACAUCCCAAAGGAUUGUCUGGCGUUUCAGACCGGGGAGGCGUUGGAGCUGAUUACCAAAGGAAAAUUCCGGGCAGUGCCACAUUUCGUCAAAGGGGGAGACAAGAAUGUGAAAGGGAAGGUUGCAAGGAAUACCUUGGCAGUGUUUACGCAACCGAAUUUAGGAGACGAGGUGCAGGAAGGGAAGACGUUUGCGGACUUUGCGAGGGAAGUGGUGGAGAGGAAUCAUUAG